GGGCGCUUCUGCGACGUGCUGCUGCGCGUGGGCGACGAGAGCUUCCCCGCGCACCGGGCCGUGCUGGCCGCCUGCAGCGAGUACUUCGAGUCGGUCUUCAGCGCGCAGGGGCUGGGCGGCGAGGGCGGCGUGGCCGGGGCGCCGGAGGGGGGCGCCGGCGAGGCGGGGGGCGGCCCCGGCGGGGGCCCCGGUUCCGGCGGCGGCGGCGGCGGGGCGCGCGAGCUGGAGAUGCACACCAUCAGCUCCAAGGUCUUCGGCGACAUCCUGGACUUCGCCUACACGUCGCGCAUCGUGGUGCGGCUGGAGAGCUUCCCCGAGCUGAUGACGGCCGCCAAGUUCCUGCUGAUGCGCUCGGUCAUCGACAUCUGCCAGGAGGUCAUCAAGCAGUCCAACGUGCAGAUCCUCGUGCCGCCCGCCGCCCGGCCCGACGUCAUGCUCUUCCGCCCCGGCGGCGCCGCCGACCUGGGCUUCCCGCUGGACAUGACCAACGGCGCCGGCCUGGCGCCCAACGGCAACGGGAUCGCCGGCAUGCCCGAGGACGAGGCCACGCGGGCCGUGCUCUCCGCCGCCGCCCAGGCCUCGCUGCCGGUGCUGCAGGGCGUGGACCGGCUGCCCAUGGUGGCCGGGCCCCUCUCGCCGCCCCUGCUGGCCUCGCCCUUCCAGAGCGUGGGCGGCGCCGGCCCCUCGCUCGGCAGCAAGCGCGGCCGGGGGCGGCCCCGCAAGGCCAACCUGCUGGACUCGGUCAUGUUCAGCGCCCCGGGGGGGCUGCGCGACGCCGGGAUCCUGCCCUGCGGCCUCUGCGGGAAGGUCUUCACCGACGCCAACCGGCUCCGGCAGCACGAAGCCCAGCACGGGGUGACCAGCCUGCAGCUGGGCUACAUCGACCUCCCGCCGCCGCGGCUGAGCGAGAACGGCAUGCCCGGUCUGGAUGACCCCGAGGCGCCCCGCAAGAGGAGCCGGACGAGGAAGCAGGUGGCCUGCGAGAUCUGCGGCAAGAUCUUCCGGGAUGUUUACCACCUGAACCGGCACAAGCUGUCCCACUCCGGCGAGAAGCCCUAUUCGUGCCCGGUGUGCGGGCUGCGCUUCAAGAGGAAAGACCGCAUGUCCUACCACGUCCGCUCCCAUGACGGUUCGGUGGGGAAGCCUUACAUUUGCCAGAGCUGUGGAAAAGGUUUCUCUAGGCCUGACCAUCUGAAUGGGCAUAUCAAGCAGGUGCACACCUCAGAGAGACCUCACAAAUGUCAGACCUGCAACGCUUCCUUUGCCACCCGGGACCGCCUGCGCUCUCAUCUGGCUUGCCACGAAGACAAAGUUCCCUGCCAGGUCUGUGGGAAAUACUUGCGGGCUGCAUACAUGGCGGAUCAUUUGAAGAAACACAGCGAAGGACCAAGCAAUUUCUGCACCAUCUGCAACAGAGGUUUCUCCUCUGCCUCCUACUUAAAGGUCCAUGUUAAAACCCACCACGGUGUUCCCCUUCCCCAGGUCUCCAGGCACCCGGAGCCCAUUCCGAAUGGGGGAGCGGCGUUCCACAGCGUCAGGACCUAUGGCAUCAAAGAAGGCCAGAAAUGCUCACAUUCGGACCAGAUUGAGAGCUCAGAUUCCUACGGAGACCUCUCUGACGCCAGCGACCUCAAGACGCCCGAGAAGCAGAAUGCCAACGGUUCCUUCUCCUGUGACAUGGUGGUCGCCAAAAACAAAUUGGAGUCAGAGGGGGAUAAGAAGUACCCCUGUCCUGAAUGUGGCAGCUUUUUCAGAUCCAAGUCCUAUCUCAACAAACACAUACAGAAAGUUCACGUCCGCUCCUUGGGGGCCCCCUUAGGGGACUUGGCCUCUGCCUUGGGGUCCCCCUUCUCCCCCCAACAGAACAUGUCUCUCCUGGAAUCCUUUGGGUUUCAGAUCGUGCAGUCCGCGUUUGCCUCGUCUCUGGUGGAUCCAGAAGCCGACCAGCAACCGAUGGGGCCAGAUGCAAAGUGAGGCGCCUUGGCUCUUAAGAAGCAGCAGUCUGUGGUUUUUUU